GUAAACUGUGAGGAGAUAAAGGGGCAUGUGAAAGCGUUUGUGGAGCAGACACUCCUGAUUGAUCAGACCUCAGCGGACAGAGAGACAGAAUUGCACAGUGUGAAAAAGGAAGAACAAAAAAACGCCAAGAUGUGUUGCUCCGGCUUUCUCAAAAUUAUGAUGUUUAUCUUCAAUGGCGCCAUCUUUGUGGCAGGUGCAGCCAUCCUGGGUGUGGGAGUGUGGGUGAAGGUGGACAGUGGUUCUCUGCUGGGUUUACUGGAUAGCGUGGAGGAUGCUCCGUCUGGGUUAUCCCAGCUGAUCUACGUCAGCUACCUGCUCAUCGGGGUGGGUGCUGUGCUGCUGGUCAUCGGCUUCCUGGGCUGCUGUGGAGCGGUCAGGGAGAGCAGGUGUAUGCUGCUGACGUUCUUCUGCAUUGUGCUGAUUAUCUUCCUCAUCGAGGUUGCAGGAGCUGUGGUGCUGCUCGUCUUCCAGGGUUUGGCUAAGCAGGUUAUGGAGCAUCUAGAGGGUGAAGUUAUAACAAGCAUUCAGAAGGAUUAUGGACGCAGUGAAAGUCUCACCUCUCUCUGGAACACCACCAUGACCCAGUUUAAGUGCUGCGGAUACAAGAACUACACAGACUUUAAUGACUCCCCUUUUUACAAUGACCAUGGAGGAAAUGUUUAUCCACCCACGUGUUGCAAUGCAACCAUCACCGUGGGUGUAUGCAACCAAAGUGGAGCAACUCUUUCGAUGAUGGACGGCUGCUUUACAAAGCUGCUGGAGCUGAUAGAGGACAACGCUGUGAUCGUUGCAGCUGUGGUUCUAGGAAUCGCUGCUCUUGAGAUUGCUGCCAUGGUGGUUUCGAUGGUCCUCUACAAGCAGAUUGGCACCAAGGCGUGAUGUUUCCUGUUUGGGAUGAGCUAACAACAUUGUAAUUAGUGGAGAAAUUGUACUUGUCGACCUCAGACGUUUUCUAUAUAUAUGACAGAUUAUCAGACAAACAUAACUAUAUUGGUACACAUUUAUACUGUGAUUUAUUUAUGUUUUAAGAAGGACAUUGUACAGUAUGUGCUGAUGCAUAUAAUAUGUGAUGAUGCACAGGGCAGAAUGGAUCUGCAUAAGUUCUUUAAGUUGUUUAUGUCCCUCACACUCACUGCAAGCUGUAAUAUAAUGACUUUAUUUUUGUAUGUUUGAUCAUAUUGAAAAAAUAAAUAUCACAAUCUUA